AUCAUUUAACAGAAAUUCUUGCCAAUGAUUUUAUACCAAACAUAAAAAAUACUUGGAAUAAGUUUUGCUAUAAUUGUGAAUUUUCAUCAUAUUGGAAUGUGUUAAAGCAUGAUUGGAAGUUUGCUAUUGAAAAAGAAAUAAGAAACUCUCUUACUAUUUCUGGAAACACUUCAACUACUAAACGCAAGCAAGAGGGCCUUAGAGAGAAGAAGGUUAAAAAACAAUCAAACCGAUUUGAUAUUAAAGAGUCCACCACUGAUAAUGACGAAGUAAAAAGUGAUUAUAAUCUUUCAAAUUUUGAGCUUGCCUACCGAGCUUUUGACCCCUCAAAAAUGUGGGUUCUCAAUUCAUCUGAGCAUGUUGUCGAAAAAAACGAAAUAUUUUUCUCUAAUCCAAAACAAGUGCCAAAAAUCGACAAAAACAUUGUGAAUCUCUUGAUAAAAUACAAUAUAGAUAAUUUACCUGCCCUUCAAAAAGUUAUUUUUAAGCCCCUUUUUUCUGAUAAUGCUCCUUAUUCAACAGAUUUGGAUUAUAUUAACCUUGCAUAUAGGUCAAUGUAUUCUCUAUGGAGAGGAGAAGACGAUUUUAUUUCAGCUUCAAGACUAGAAGGGUGGUUCAAAAUGAACCUCUGGGCUCAUUUAAUUGAUCCUGCUUUUCAUGUGAUAGAAAUUGAUUUGGUACGAGAAGAAGGGAUGUGUUUAUUGUCAAGUGAUAGAAAAAAUAUUGAUAGAUUGCGCAACAAACAUCUUGAAUUUGGCGUAAUUGAAGCUGGAAGAAACUGGGAAGCAACAAAGGGAACCAAACUCUUAACGGAUUCCUUAAAAGCGUCCAAGAUGCUUAAAGAUAUGAUUAAUGUACUUGCAACAGAAUAUAAUAUGAAAGAAGAUGUUUUAAGAAAAUUACAAAUAGCUGGAAUUCUCUAA